AUGUCAGCGUCAUUCUACAUUAUCAGGAUGAGGGAUAUGAAGCAUAGUGGCGGUGACCCCCACCCCCUCCUCGCCCAAGUCCCCCUCACCGUCUCGCCAUUCAUCUCGCUGCCCACAGCCACACCCCUCCCUUACUCAUACAAGUCACUUCCCUCGACUCUGCCGCCAAGUAUCCUCUCGCAGCAGCAGCAGCAACAACAACAACAACAGCAACAAAACGAGUCGACGCCUUCACAUCAUCCUCACCAACAACAACAACAAGAAUCCUCAGGCGCAUACGUCGUGUCUGCGUCCGGCACGUCUGCAUCUCCAGACCAGAUUCUCUCGUCAUGCACAGCGCUACAGGCGCAUUUGAAGCAACUUGAAGAUGAUGCGCGGAGGACACUGGCACAGUGGGAGGAGAGGCGACGAGCAGAGGAUUUGGCCGAGAAAAGAAGAGUAGCGCCGGGCUGGCUGGACAGCGGAGUCCAUAUCCUCAAACCAGAAGGUGUAGACGAGGACAAGGGAAAAGAGCACCAACAACAAAACCUCAUGGACUUGGAUCCCCAGGCCGAGCAAAAAGCAAAGCAAGGCGAAGAGCUGGACAGAGUUUUUGGCGGACUAAAGGUCUAG